AGUUGGCAAGCCACUUCUGACUGCGGUUCUUGUGGCUCUGAUAGCCUCACAUGGACUGAAGACGUACAUGAGGAAUAUUGACUGGGAGUCUGAAUAUUCGAUAUUCCGUUCUGGUUUAAAAGUGAACGUGAGAAACGCCAAACUGUUCAACAAUGUGGGCCACGCUCUGGAAAAGUACCAGAAAUACGAGGAAGCUUUGGACUACUUUGAGAAAGCUGCCAGUGUACAGCCUGAUGACAUUGGUGCUCACAUAAACGUGGGACGAACCUACGUGAACCUGAACCGGAGUGCUCCGGCUGAAAAAGCCUACCUGAAAGCUAUAGACUUGUUCCCGCCCAUAAAAAAAGGGAAGUCGUACCAGGCUCGCAUCGCACCGAGUCAUCUCAACGCCUACCUCAAUCUGGCCAACCUGGUCUCCAAAGACCCCGCCAGACUGGACAAAGCCGAGCAG